AUGUUCGCGGCCGCGCCAAUCUGGCAUAGCGGUGAAGAGGAGUGCUCCCUAGCGACGAGAAUUGAAACCCCGGAAUUUAAAAAAAAUCAUGAAUUUAGAAAUAUCCCGCAUUGUAUCCGGAAGUCGGUUCGUAGUUCUGUUCCGAGAACUUCUGACGACGGUUACGAUUGCGAGGUCGGGAACGGGAACGACCUCGUUUACUUGGCUUUGGAUAUGGGUCGCGGGCUGGGUGUUGACAAUAAAUGGAGAAAUCAAAUCGAUGCGCAUCUGAUCGUGGCUUGCGAACCACUCUGGAGAGCUCACUGUGCCGACGGAACUCUCCUUUUGGAAUUGGAGUUCGGGCAGAGCUUGUCGACUGCAGCUUCAGCAGUUUUAUCCAGGCCAUCUGAGUGUUUUCGCGGACCUCCUCCCAUGUCUCUCCUUCUUGUGGUCUCCUUCUCGCUGCUGCUUCGACUUCUCGGAAUAGUCGGUUGUACUCUGAUUGUGGUCCUCUACGAGCUGGAGGUGGCACCGGGGAUGGAGUUGUGGCAAGAUCCAUUGGGACUGGUGUAG